AUGGUCACUUGCGGAAGUUAUCUUAUUCAAAAUCUUCAAUUAAAUUUUAAUAAUACUGCCUUCGAGCAUUAUCGUUGUGCUGCUCAUGUUAUUAAUCUGGCAGUUUCACGAAGUAUAGAAGCUUCGUCUAUUAAUAAGUCAUUUUUCAAAUCCUAUUUUGAAAAAGUCAAAGUAUGUUAUCGACAAAAUCAGCCACCAAAAACUCCUUUGGAUGAAUUAAACAAUUAUCUAGAACUUCCUCCAGAAGAAAAUACUGAUCCCUUAAUGUGGUGA